AUGGGGCCCAGGAGCUCAUCAUGGGGCCCAGGAGCUCAUCAUGGGGCCCAGGAGCUCAUCAUGGGGCCCAGGAGCUCAUCAUGGAGCCCAGGAGCUCAUCAUGGGGCCCAGGAGCUCAUCAUGGGGCCCAGGAGCUCAUCAUGGGGCCCAGGAGCUCAUCAUGGGGCCCAGGAGCUCAUCAUGGGGCCCAGGAGCUCAUCAUGGGGCCCAGGAGCUCAUCAUGGGGCCCAGGAGCUCAUCAUGGAGCCCAGGAGCUCAUCAUGGGGCCCAGGAGCUCAUCAUGGGGCCCAGGAGCUCAUCAUGGGGCCCAGGAGCUCAUCAUGGGGCCCAGGAGCUCAUCAUGGGGCCCAGGAGCUCAUCAUGGAGCCCAGGAGCUCAUCAUGGAGCCCAGGAGCUCAUCAUGGGGCCCAGGAGCUCAUCAUGGAGCCCAGGAGCUCAUCAUGGGGCCCAGGAGCUCAUCAUGGAGCCCAGGAGCUCAUCAUGGGGCCCAGGAGCUCAUCAUGGAGCCCAGGAGCUCAUCAUGGGGCCCAGGAGCUCAUCAUGGGGCCCAGGAGCUCAUCAUGGAGCCCAAUCGCUCUUAGAGAAGACACUUUGAGAAAGCAAUACAAUAGAAAGCAAUAA